GUCGAAGAGCAGUUGCUCGGGGGGGCUGUCGCUACACCCAGCGAUCUCCGUCUCCCCGCCGGCCUCAGCCCCUCUGCUGUCUUUACAGAGGAAGAAGAUCGUCUUCUUCUGUGGGGCCUCUACGAGCAAGGCGUCAACGCAAUCCCGCUCGUGCAUGCGGCAGGUCAGGCUCCCGAGUUGCUGCGCGCUAGGCAGGCCUUACGCUCAUGCCGCGGUAUGUCUCGAGGCUUGCGAGGAGCUCGGGGAGCUCCACGGGGUUUAGAAGGGGUAUUGAUUGGCACGGAGGACGGGGAGGAGGAGGUGUCGGACAGAUGCAACAAUCCUCUGGACGAGUUUGACGAUCCCUACUCCCACUUCCUGACCCCGCCAGGGGGCCCCCCUGUGGGGGGCCCCUUCACUGGUCCGGGGGGGCUUUCCACCGCAGCGUACGGCAGCUCCGCGUCGAGGAGAGGCAGCAGCAGGGGUAGACCACGGGGGAGACCACGGGGAGGAGGGCAGCGACUGGGAAAUCGCGGGGGAGGGGGAGCAACAAGGGCAUGCACAGCAGUAGUGCCCCCCGCUGCAUUCGUGGCAACGGCUGUUGCUGCAGCUGGCACUCAGCCUACGGCCAGUGCGGCCUCCUCUGCCCCUUCAAUGUCUCCUUCAAUGGGAGGCUUGACGUUCGGCAGAGAGAGCGAAAAACACGCAAUGCAUGUGGACUCCCCCGCCCAUCUGACAGCAGACUUGACUGAGCUGUAG